CUGCUUCUACAGUGUGUGUUCGUUCGCGCUAAUCCAAUUAGCAACCACGCCCUGUUUGUCCUUAUUCUCGUUUCUUUUGCAAAUUAUCGAAUAGAUAUCAAGGACGAAUACGACUAUAUUGCCAAGCAGGGCAAACAAGAUAUGGAAAGCUGGUACAAACUUAAGGUCUCUGAAGUGCAAGGAACAGCCAAUCGUGCCGCUAUGGAAUCGAAUUACCAACGUGAAGAGGUUAAACGAAUGCGCGAUAAUAUUGGGGACUUGCGCGGUAAACUUGGAGACCUCGAGAAUAAAAAUGCCCUGCUUGAAAAGGAAGUGCAGAACCUCAACUACCAGCUCAACGACGAUCAAAGACAGUACGAAAUGGCCCUUAACGACCGCGACGCCACCCUUCGCCGAAUGCGCGAAGAAUGCCAGACUUUGGUUGCGGAAUUGCAAGCUUUGCUGGACACGAAACAAAUGUUGGAUGCCGAAAUCGCUAUUUACAGAAAGAUGUUGGAGGGAGAGGAAAGCCGUGUUGGACUACGCCAAAUGGUCGAGCAGGUAGUAAAGACGCAUUCUUUGCAACAACAGGAGGAUACGGAUUCGACACGUUCCGUUCGUGGAGAAGUUUCCACAAAAACCACAUUCCAACGCUCUGCCAAGGGAAAUGUCACCAUUGCCGAAUGCGAUCCUAAUGGAAAGUUCAUCACUCUAGAGAAUACACACAGAACUAAGGACGAGAAUCUCGGUGAGCAUAAACUGAAGAGAAAAUUGGACAAGGGACGUGAAAUUGUGUACACUAUUCCGGCCAAUACUGUGCUGAAGGCUGGCAGGACUAUGAAGAUCUACGCUCGCGAUCAGGGAGGUAUUCAUAACCCACCCGAUUCGUUGGUAUUUGACGGUGAGAACACUUGGGGUAUUGGAGCAAAUGUGGUCACCUCGCUGUACAACAAAGAGGGUGAAGAACGCGCUACGCACACACAGAAGACGAUCCAGACUGGCAUCUGAUC